CUUCUCCAUCCAACGAUUGGGCAGCUCAUAGGCCAAUCGCAUGACCUGCUGUCAUCGAACAAAGACCUGGCGCUGGUCGAGGAUCCAACAUAUAGCUAGCAGUUCGCGGUAUAUAAGUAUAAAUGUCUCCAUCGCCCCGGAGUUUUGACAAACCCCCCUGAAUCUCCAUAUAUCUAGACGACUCCAAGACUCAGAUAACUACAGUAGCAACCGACCUGGGCCCUGUCUGCUGUCAUCCAUGCCAUCGCAGAGAUACUAGGCCGGCGAGAUAACGACCAUCGCUACCCGUCGCCUCUCAUACGCUGCAUCCUCGCAUGCCUGGCGCCGCCAUCCCGCAUCUCGUAUCCCCAGAGCCCAGAAGAGGCUUGCAGGCGCCGAGAUGCCGCUCUGUACGCAAUCCCUCAUGCCUCUUUUUCUGGAUUAUUCCUCCCUUUCUGCUUCUUUUUCUUAUCUUGUCUUGUUUGUCUUGUCUGCGUCCAUGGCACUCUCUGCCUGUUCUCAUCCGCUCUGUUCUUAACAUACAUAUAUCUAUAUAGGUCGCUGCCACCCAGCCGCCGCGCUGGCAGGGACUCGCAGCCAUGUCGAGCAUCAUGUCCCAGCCUCAGAUGGACGUCCGGUCCGUGGGCAGCUGUGUCGCCGCAGUUGUGGCCGCAUAUAAUGACGCUGCGAAGCUGGUCAAACGUAUCCAGUCGGCCGCCCCUACUACGGCUCCAUCGCCAGUUGCUACGACUUCUCCAGAUUCGCCGGCUAUAGACGAGGCGAGCAAUACCAGCGCUCUAUCAGAUCUAGGAGACUCGCUCAUGCUGGGCCCGCCGAUCGUACAGGGCCAGUAUGAAGAGAAUCUGAUGCGACUGGGCAAUGCAUACGCCAACGGUGACCAGAACGCUCGUGAGACGCUCAAGGAUGUGGUCAUCAAUCUACAACUGACGCUGCUGGCGACCCUGCGGAUGGCGCUGCUGGAUAACCUUGAGCUCGACUUUGCAGCCCUUCAGCGUGCUUCGGAUGAAAGCAGAAUCAGUGCGCUGGUCUGUCUCUUCCAGCUCGGCCAGCGUCUCAGCCUGGGGAGCCCAUCUAUGCUCCCGAAGGCUCCUCUGGCAACCAGCACAUCGCCCACCAGACCUGCUGCGUUGAGCGAUCCUGGAAGCAGCAGCAGUCCCUUUGCCGGGUCUUCUUCCCCCGCAGCGGCUACAGACCCCCGGAAACCACCCCCUAUUCCUCCCAUGUCACCCUCACGAGUGGCAUCGAACUCGAUAUCGUCUGCAGAUCUAGGCAACCGGGUUUCGCGAGAGAGCAACUACAUCAACCAUCGGCCACCCAGCAGCAUCAACCCCGUCUCACCACCUCUCAAGCCACAGUCGAACUACCCUCCCCCUAAAGCCCCCUACGGGCCCAGUGCCGGUCAUGGCCAUGGUGUCAAGACACCGCCCACUCGCCUGGCCGAGUUGCAGGGCUCACAGCCCAUGAUCAGGGAGGAGUCAAAUAGGUCCGCAAGCGUAUACAGCGUGCUUUCAUCCAACAACUCCAGCACCAAAGGUGUCGAGGCACCAAUGGACCGGUACAGAUCAAAUCCCAGCAGCGGUGACCCUCAUAUAGAACCAGACCAAAGUGCUGUGGAACUAAGUGCUGGUAUCUUCUCUCGCACCUCCUCCUCCAGAUCAAGUUCCAAUGACCCCAGAAAGGCUCCCCACCCGGGAACAGAAAAGGUCAUUUCUCAGUUAUCUUCCUCGCCGGGUACGAAAUCCUUACCCAUGUUCAAAUGGAAACCCUUCGCCCGUUCGACAGGCAGCUCUUCAAGCAAGAACAACAGCGCAGACCAACCGAUGCUCCCCCCACCAGACCUGUACCUCCCCACGGAAGAAAACAACUUCGCGGGAUUCUGUAAGGGAGCCUGGCGGCUGCAGAACAGUAUGAAGAACUCAUUCCGUAUCGACAACCGUCCUGUGGGAAUGUACAUGCUUCAAAGCUCAUGGCACUGUUCAAAGUGUUCUUUUGAAGGAAUUGUGCAAGAAUCCAAAUUCAGCGGGAAAGCUCCCGUUCUAUCCUCCAUGCUUGGCCCGGUCAAAACGUCUAUCAUUCAGGGCAUGCGUGUCCUCCAGAUGUUUGACCAGACGGUUCAUCUGCAUGGACCCAGCGGGAACAGGUACCGGUGGAUCUUCCUAGCUAAAUCUCACGUUGAGUGUAAGCCUCCCAAACCAACCGAUAAGGUGGUAUGUGGGUUCGGGUGCAUAUUCUGCAGUGUGCAGAACCAUGGGCCCGCCCCGAUAUAUGGCAACCUAGAUACAUUUAUGGAACAUCUGCGAGAACACGGAGGGAGAGGGUAUGCUUGGGACAGAAAGAAACCGAGCCAGCCGCUCUUGGACUGGACGAGGUGCAUCCUUGGACGUAUUGCUGAUGAUUCUGAAGAUUUCGACAUUAAUAUACCCACCGUGGCAGAAGUGGGGGGUUAA